AUGAUUGUGGACUUCAGGAAGAGCACUGUCCCCCCGCCCCCACCCUCCGUGAUGGACUCCCCCAUCACCUCUGUGGAGUCCUUCCGUUUCCUGGGCACCACCAUCACCCAGGACCUCAAGUGGGAGCCGACCAUCAGCUCCCUCAUCAAGAAGGCCCAGCAGAGGAUGUACUUCCUGCGGCAGCUCAGGAAAGCCAAGCUGCCUGCACAGAUGUUGGUGCAGUUCUACACGGCCAUCAUCGAGUCCAUCCUCACCUCCUCCAUCACCGUGUGGUUCGCUGGAGCCACAGGUGUCCACGCCGACGCCUGCUCGGACUACAACGAGUGUCCUGGACCCAUCACAGCGCUGGAGUUGUGGUCAGGAGCUUUCAUCGCCAUCGCUUACUUCCGUGUUUGUGCCUGCUCUUCCAGCAUGGACCAGCUGGAGUCCACGUGA